GUUGGCCAUCAGGGCACAACUCCAACAAGCAAUGUUUAAGAACAUUUGGAAAAUAUUUUUAAGUCCAAGGGCAUAAGUGUAACAUCAUUUAGUCAAGAUCUUUCAUUUUGAAAUCUAAACUCGAAUGAAUCAUUUCUUGGUGAAAUCAACCAAGUUAGAAGAGGUUCGGAUGUCUCGUUUAAACCUGCAAAAGGGGGUGCCUAAUUUUGAGGAAAAGUGUGACAGAGCCUUAGGAGACGAGAACUGCAUUCGUAAAUUCCAAAGUUUCAGGCAAAAAGGGCUAUCUGCAAAGGUUAUGAGCUUGAAGACAAUCGAUCCCCUUUGGUGGGGUAGAAUUUGUCAUGGGACACCCCAACCAUCAACCAGCCUUAGGACGGCAUUCAUGACGGGAAAUCUCCCAGUGAAGCAUCCAACUAAGCAAGAAUCAAUGAGCGAAGCAUGGGAUCGGCUCAAGAAACUCAAGAUCAAGUUCCCUCCAGCACUAAUGGACUCAGAUAGUCUAAUGUUCUAUUUCUACAAAGGCUUAUUGGUUGCAUCCAAGAAAGAGCUUGACCAUUCCUCAAAGAAUCAUCUAACUUCUCAAUGCCCACUCAAUGAUGCACCUAAUCCAAACAAAGCAAGAGAGGUCAACUUGGCUCGAUAUGAAAACAAAGCAAAUAUUGAGCCUAACCCGAAGGAACAACUUCGGGCUGUCACUUUAAGAAGCGAAAAACAAGUCCAAGGCCCUGUGGAUGAAGAAGGUGAAGAUGUACCAAUAGAUCCAUCGGUAGAAAGUGAAUCAAAUGGGAAGAUCAAAGGAUCAGAACCCAAGGGGAAGAAGAAAGAUGAAUCAAUGCAGAAGGAAUCUCAGCUGUCUACCCACAAGGCCAACAUACCUUUUUGUUAGGCGUGUCGUAGCACCUACAAAUUAAUUAAUUAUUUUCCUUAACUUUUAACCCCCUUUAUGAUUCAAUAUUCAUCAAAACAUAUAGAUAGGGCACGUAAGGGUCGAUCCCACGAGGAAAGAUACUUUUUAAGUUAUGAAAAUCAAUUUACUUUGUCAUU